CAGCAGCAGAGGGAAAGGGGACGCGGCUCCGCCUAGUCGGCGCCGGGAAACGCGAUCGCCCGGAGCUCGGGCAGCUCCGCUCCCGGGCGGCGCGGCCUCCGCUGCUGCCCUCCCCUCACCUCACCCCCAUCAUCAUCAUCUCUCAACAUCUCAUCAUCAGCUCCUCCUUUCAUCUCAUCGUCUCUUCUUCUUCUUCACACACACACCCGGUCUGCUCUUAACGACGCAGCCAUGGCGCGUUUGGCGAACGCCUAGGGGUUCACGCUCGUGGUCGACCCCAGGUCGCUCAGAGGCUCCCCCCGGACGGACGGGGUGGUGGUGGUGGUGAAAGUGGUGGUGGUGGAGGACCGGGGUUCCUUUUGGACCUGGUUGGUUGAAGGUGCUGCUGGUGGACCUUACUUGGCGGUGGUCCUGCUGCUGCUGCUGGAUCUCCUGGUGGUGGUGGUAGUGGUUGUUGGAUCUUGUGGUGGUCCUACUGCUGCUGCUGCUCCUGGACCUCGUUAGUUUGGACCCGGUGGUGAAAGUCCUGCCAGGUUUGGACCUCUCGUAGCUGAUAUAGUUGGUGGUGGAACCUCCACCUACUAGAUCGCAGUGUUACUGCGGUGCAGUCGGGUGCAGCACAAUACUGCACUUCCUUGACAGCUCGCCGUCUUCACACCAACCUCCCUCCCGACAUUCGUUCCUCACCAUCCACCGUGGCCAUGUCGUGGUCACUCAAGCUGGAUGACCCCGAUGAGUCGGGCCUGGUUCAUGACUUCGACGCCAGUCUCUCGGGCAUCGGACAAGAGCUCGGGGCCGGCGCAUACAGCAUGAGUGAUGUGCUGGCACUUCCUAUCUUCAAACAAGAGGACUCGACUCUUUCAAAUGAGGUCGACUCCAAGCCACCCCCAUUCCAGUACGUGCUGUGUGCUGCCACAUCCCCUGCCGUCAAGUUGCAUGAUGAAACGCUAACCUACCUCAAUCAAGGCCAGUCUUAUGAGAUACGCAUGCUGGAUAACAGAAAAGUGGGGGAGUAUCCAGAAAUAAAUGGCAAGUUUGUUAAGAGCAUAAUCCGCGUGGUCUUCCAUGACCGAAGACUGCAAUACAUGGAGCACCAGCAGCUUGAGGGCUGGAAGUGGAGCCGUCCAGGAGACCGCCUGCUUGACCUCGACGUCCCGCUGUCAGUGGGCAUCAUUGACCCGCGGACAAACCCCUCCCAGCUGAACACCAUCGAGUUCCUUUGGGAGCCCUCCAAACGCACGUCGGCUUUCAUUCAGGUUCACUGCAUUAGUACGGAGUUUACCCCCCGCAAGCACGGCGGGGAGAAAGGCGUCCCAUUCCGGAUUCAGCUCGACACCUUCAAGCAGAACGAACACGCGGAGUACACGGAGCACCUACACUCGGCCAGCUGCCAGGUCAAAGUGUUCAAGCCUAAAGGCGCAGACCGAAAGCAAAAGACGGACAGAGAGAAGAUGGACAAACGCAACCCGCCCGAGAAGGAGAAAUACCAGCCCUCCUACGAUACGACCAUCCUGGCGGAGUGUUCGCCGUGGCCUGACAACUGCUACGUCAGCUCUAGCCCGACAGACACACCAGCCUUCACGCCCGCCCACUCCACCACCUUCUCGGUCACGGAGAGUAACUCGCCUUCACCGACGCACCAAGUGGAACAAGUGUUGGUUGUCCCUCCUCCUCUCGUGGAUCCAUGCAGCUCUUCCCAGCGGCUGUUGUUCAAUGCCACAAUUAAGGAGACGAGCCAGUGGCUGCUACAGAACCGAUUUUCUCAGUUCAGCAGGCUCCUGAGCAACUUCUCCGGGGCCGACUUGUUGAAGCUGACGCGUGAUGACCUUAUUCAGAUAUGCGGAGCCGCAGACGGGAUUCGGUUAUUCAACGCGCUCAAGGGAAAAGCUGUAAGACCUCGGAUGACCAUCUAUGUCUGCCAAGAAUCCCAGCAAGUGUACCAUGCAAUAUACCUGGAUGAGUUGACAGCGAUGGAACUGUCGGAGAAAAUUGCCCAGCUCUUCAACAUUUCCCCGCACCAGAUUAGCCAGAUCUACCGGCAGGGGCCCACAGGCAUCCACGUCAUCGUCAGCGACGAGAUGAUUGCCAACUUUCCUGAAGAGUCGUGUUUUGUGAUCAGCACACUGAAAGCUGAAAACAAUGAAGGCUACCACAUCGUGUUGAAGUGAGGAGGUGCUGCUGCAGCAUGAAGAGGAGCAGGUGGUGGGGCAUGUGGGGGGGGGACUUCCUGACACAUGGCUGCGAGACAAGAGAAGCAACCAUUGUCCUGCAGUGACGAGUUUUGUAGCAUUCAGUCGCCGUACUCACCCUGAAGAGAGAGAGAUCCGUCCAUGCGUACACUUAGCGCGUGAAGCCGUGAAAGGCGUGCACUGCCACGAGAGGUCAAACAAAAUCAUUCCACAGUGGAGAAGGCCAAGCCUCUGAUGUGUCCGAGCUUGCGCCCGUCUUCCUUGGAAGCGCGCUUGGCUUUUCCCCUUGCAGAGUGCUCCAAAGUGCUAUCGAGUGGAGUGACACCUCACAUGCCAGGAUAAAAUGAAGUUCAGAACACAACGACUCGUGUAGGGUGGAUAGGAGAUCAGGGUUAGGUGGGGGAGGGGAGGGUGAGGAGGUAAGCAGGAGGUAAGGAGGAGGGGCUAUACAUCGGAAAGAAUGUUUGGAUGUUUUAUUUUUACGCCUUCUGCCACAUUUCAGCCUAUUUCCUUGGUCACCUUGGUUGGUAAGCAUAGUGAUACAAUGGGGGCAUUUGGAGGAAUACAAGAUCAAUGGCUAUGAUUAUGUUGGGGCACAUGUCGGACUUGUAAUUUCAAGUCUUCCCUUUGCUAAUACUACGUCUCACUGUUCACUCUUUGUGCAUACACCUCGAGAGAGAGUGUGGGAAGAUACCCGAUGCCUUUUUAAAAUUCUGCACAACCUUCAAUGUGUUACCACAAUGAUGGUUAUUGUUCUGGUAUUCCACAUCAUCAGUGCCUUAAUUAUGUCAUUUUGCUUAAACCGCAACACAUUUAGGGGAAUCAGGAGUAUUCUUUUAAACCCACGUUAGUGACUACACAAUCGUCACAAUAAAAUACUGUUUAAAUGCACUAUCUUUUGUAACAUUCCAGACUUUUGCCCAGUCUGAUUGAUGGUUAAGCUUGUGUACUGUGGGUACAUUUGUUCUAGAGGGUUUAAAAUACCGAGAAGAGCCCUUAAAAAGCCCUGUACCUUGCAUCUUGAUUUCAUGCACAACCACGACAACAAACCCUGUGUACUUGACGUAACAGCCCUUUGUUUUCAAGUUAUGAGUGCAAGUCUGGUGUGCAAAUAAAUGCAGGCAUGUUUUA